AUGACUUCCAAUUAUUUUGAUUUGGAUGACAUACUAUCUGAUGGUGAGAAGAUCCCAUGCCGUUUUAAUAUUACCGUCCCAGGCUUGGGAUAUUUAGAGGGGAACCCUGGAAAAUCAAUUGCUAAAGAUACAAAGAUCGAAUUACCCUUGUGGCUUGCAGAAAUCUUAGCCAUAUGUGAAUUACUGGAGGAUUCCCAACAAAGUUUUAUUGACUUAUCACAACCUGAUUUCAUAAAUUACAAAGUAAUCAAUGCUAUCAAGACUAAUGCUGUAAAUAUAGAUUUGCAUUCAAUAUUGACUAACUAUUAUAAAUUGAGUGAAAAAUGGGCAUCAAUGUUUAACGACGUGGAAUUAAUAGAGGUUGUAAUGCAGAUGUUGAAGGAGAGGUCAUUUGAAAUUAAUAAUUAUGCAAGUAACGCAAGCAAACAGAUCAACAAUAAUUUCAUUUUCUCUCUAGAUGAAUUUGAAAAGAAAUUAUUUAAAGUCACGUCUGACAGUAAUAAACAAAUGAGAAAAUGGUUAAAGGAUUAA